AUUGGUCAAAGUUCCUGGACCCUCCUUUGGUGUUCUUCCAACAACAAACUAGUGGGGCGGAGCUUCAGUCAUAAAAACCGAGCUCAGACGGAAAGGACGCAUUCUUCCGAGCCCACGAAGCAAGAUGUGGGUCGCCGUACUACUGCUGGCCGUGCUGCUGCUGGCGGCCCUCCGCAGAGUUUACGUGGGUCUCUUCGGCGGAAGCUCCCCGAACCCCUUCGCCAAGGAUGUCAAGCGGCCACCUGAACCCCUGGUGACCGACAAGGAGGCCAGGAAGAAGGUUAUCAAACAAGCGUUCUCAGUCAAGCGAGUACCAGAGAAGCUCGAUGCCGUGGUGAUCGGCAGUGGCAUUGGGGGGCUGGCCUCAGCUGCGAUUCUGGCUAAAGCUGGCAAAAGAGUCCUUGUACUGGAACAACAUAGCAAGGCAGGAGGCUGCUGUCAUACCUUCGGGGAAAAUGGCCUUGAAUUUGACACUGGAAUCCAUUACAUUGGAAACAUGCAGGAAGGCAACCCUGGCCGUUUUAUCUUGGACCAGAUCACUGAAGGGCAGCUGGACUGGGCCCCCAUGGCCUCCCCUUUUGACAUGAUGAUACUAGAAGGGCCCGAUGGCCGAAAGGAGUUUCCCAUGUACAGUGGGAGGAAAGAAUACAUCCAGGGCCUUAAGGAGAAGUUCCCCAAGGAAGAAGCUGUCAUUGACAAGUACAUGGAGCUAGUCAAGGUGGUAUCCCGUGGAGUCUUCCAUGCCAUCCUACUGAAAUUCCUCCCGUUGACCUUGACUCAGCUCCUCAACAAGCUUGGGCUGCUGACUCGUUUCUCUCCCUUCUGCCGAGCAUCUACCCAGAGCCUGGCCGAGGUCCUGCAGCAGCUCGGGGCUUCCCCCGAGCUCCAGGCUGUUCUCAGCUACAUCUUCCCCACUUAUGGAGUAACCCCCAGCCACACGACCUUUUCCUUGCAUGCUUUGCUGGUUGACCACUACCUACAAGGGGCAUAUUACCCCCGAGGAGGUUCCAGUGAGAUUGCCUUCCAUAUCAUCCCCGUGAUUCAGCGGGCCGGGGGUGCAGUCCUCACCCAUGCCACUGUACAGAGUGUGCUGCUGGACUCUGAUGGGCGAGCCUGUGGUGUCAGCGUGAAGAAGGGACACGAGCUGGUGAACAUCCACUGUCCCAUUGUCAUCUCCAGUGCAGGACUGUUCAACACCUACCAGCACUUACUGCCCGAGAGUGUCCGCUGUCUGCCAGAUGUGAAGAAGCAGCUGGCAAUGGUUCGGCCCGGCAUGAGCAUGUUCUCCGUUUUCGUCUGCCUGAGAGGCACCAAGGAGGAAUUGAAGCUUCCGUGCACCAACUACUAUGUUUAUUUUGACACAGACAUGGACAAGGCGAUGAAACGCUAUGUCUCUAUGCCCAAGGAAAAGGCUCCAGAACACAUUCCCCUUAUUUUCAUUGCCUUCCCAUCAAGCAAAGACCCAACCUGGGAGGACCGAUUCCCAGACCGGUCCACAAUGACUAUGCUGGUACCCAUGGCCUUUGAGUGGUUUGAGGAGUGGCAGGAGGAGCCGAAGGGCAAGCGGAGUGCUGACUACGAGACACUCAAAAGCGCCUUCCUGGAAGCCUCUAUGUCCGUGGUCAUGAAACUGUUCCCGCAGCUGGAGGGCAAGGUGGACAGUGUGACUGGAGGAUCCCCACUGACCAACCAGUAUUAUCUGGCUGCUCCCCGAGGUGCUACCUAUGGGGCUGACCACGACCUGGCUCGUCUGCAUCCUCGUGCAGUGGCUUCCCUAAGAGCCCAAACCCCCAUCCCCAACCUCUACCUGACAGGCCAAGAUAUCUUCACCUGUGGGCUGAUGGGGGCCCUACAAGGGGCCAUUCUGUGCAGCAGCGCCAUCCUGAAGCGGAACUUGUACUCAGAUCUGCGGGCUCUUGGCUCAAAGGUCCGGGCACAAAAGAAGAAGAAGUAGUCAGAGAUAGGCCAGAGGAAUGGCACCUUCCCCAACGCCUUUCUCGUGGCGUCCUCCUGCAGCACUUCCUUGUGCAUAUACCCAAAACCACUUUGUUUCUAUAACUGCUGUAAAUGGAGUUCUUCACCUUUGCACCUUGCAUUUCUACUUAAGGCCUAGUGUGGGCUGCAUAAAAUAUAUCUCUGCUUAACCUUGUAAACACACCUAAUAUUACUACAAGUUUGAUUGUAAUGUCUAACUAACUUUCAUUUCUUUAUAUCCUAGUAGUUGAUAAUAAUAUCACUCAAGGAUUAGCAAAUUGCAUUACACUGUUAAAUGAACUGUAUAGGUACAAUAUCUUACACAAGAUUAGAAAUAUAUGUACAGCAUUUUCUAACAAAAUCAAUCUCAAAUUUGUAUAAAUAUAUAUAAUUUGUAUGCAAUAUAAAAAAAUCCAAUCCCAUGUCAAAUACUAAAAAAAACUAGUAGCUCUUCUCCUUUGCACCUUUCGUUUCUACUGAAGGCCUAGUGUGGGCUGCAUUGUCUCACGAUGAAGAAUGCUCCCAUGCCUUCCGCACACAACACUGAGCAAGGGUCAGGCUCCCAGAACCCCUGAGGGUGUUGGCUGGUAGAGUAGGUCCAGUAGGCUAUUGGUCGAGUCCUCCCUGAAGUUUUUUGCUCCUACCCUGUUGUGCUCCUACAGUGUUAUGCUGCUGUCCGUCUGUCAAUGGGAAGGAUGACUAGCAUGGGUUUGGGGGCCAGCUCUCUCAAAGUGAGCCAAGAAGCUCUCAGCCUUAAGCUUUGUCCUCUGAUAGAAGCAGGCUGAAGGAGCGUUCCAAUCAAAGACAUACCAAAAGACACCACUGCACCAACAAAAUGAGAUUUUGACUAGAGAAUGGCCAGCCUGGUAGGGAGGGGACAAGAGUGGAAACACUGGGCCCAAAUACAGGAAGCCCAAUGUGCACAGAGCCUAGAGAUGGCAUUUGUAGUUGCUGGCAUAUAGUAAAAACCGAGUAUUGUUUCCCAAAAUGCUUGGAAUCAGAAUUCCUUAAGAUUUUGUAGUAUUUGCAUACUGAUGCGAUAACUUGGGGAAUGGGAUCCAGGACUAACCUCAAUUUCAUUAGUUUCACAUACAUAGACCAGGCAUGAUAUCUUAUAUUUUGAAAAUUUAUGAGCAUUCUAUGACCUGUCAUAUGAGUUCAUGUUAUUAAAAAAGCUUGCUUUGGAUUUUAGAAUAGGGAUUCUCAACUAUAUGAAUAAAUGGGAAAGUGGGUAAAAGUGUAAAACCUUUCACUUAUGUUAAACAGGUACCAAUUUUAGUUCAUUUAAAUAUAGAAUUAAUACAUGUAAUGUUUCAAUGCUUUGA